UCAGUUUCUCCGAAUUCCUCAACUUUCCCUCUCCAUCUCCAGAAAAAUUUUCAUAUUGGUCUUCUUGAACUCUCUUCAAUUCAACAACCCAUGUCUUAGAAUCGAUUAACAUGCUCUAGUUGACUCUGUGAAAUUCUUGGUUGUUCCUUUUUGUCAUUAAAUUAUAUGGCUUGCAAGUUUGGUUUUGCUUCAAUUUCUUGCGCUCUCACUUCACUUUCUUCUCCUGUACAUUCCCGGUUGGUAAUUAGAGAAUUAUACAGAAUUGGUUGUAGACAUUCUUUUUAUUUGCCCAAAUAGACAUUCUUGAUUAAGAUCAUAUAUUCAUAAUAUACAUGCCCUUUCUUUUAACUAAGGAGCUAGAGUACCUAGAUAUACGUGGAACAUGGUAUAAUAUUGUUGCAUUAGCAUACACUAGAAUAGCAAAACUUCUGGCUUAUUUUAAUGUUGAGGGGUUGGAAGAAGGUGAGGAGACUAUUAAAAGUUUCCAUGCUGUUUGUGAAGCUACUUUUAAAAGUUUUAGUUGGAUUAUUCAUAAGUGUACAUUCUUGAAUAAAGGUCAUGUUAAUUUUGAAUUUAGGGAGUAAAUACAUGUGACAUAGUAUGCAUUGGCCAGGUGAUUUGGUGCCAGAUUCAACCUUCUUUGCCCUUGGUCUUCCCCUCAUUUAGUUUUUUCUCCCAUUUCUUCUGUUGCAAGUCUCCUCAUAGAUAUUUCAAUGUUAUGGGAAGGUCAGAUGCUCCUUUUUGUUCUUCUUCGGAAUUUGAACUUAUUAAGGAGAUCAUGUAGCAGGCAGCAAUAUGGUGCUGAGCAGCUUAGAAAUGCUAAAGUUACAUCAUGCCACUUGUUACAUGGAGUCUUAAAAACAUUCCCAGAGAGAUUUAGUGUGCUGUGUGCUACUUUCAAGGAACAACAAUAUGUUGAGCUUGAACCUGAUGCUUUGGAGCAGUCAAGUAACCAUUCUGGUUCUGAAGAUAUCACUUCAGCUGGUCAUUUUGAGGGAGCUGAUGGGAAGUCUGGUUUUAUAUCAUUUUAUAAUCAUCCAUACAGAAGAGAUGAUGAAGCCAUUUCUAAUGUUCAAAAGAAUCAAAGCAGCUUGCUAUGGUUCCUUGGUCCUACUGUCCUUGUUUCAUCUUUCAUUCUUCCAUCACUUUAUUUACGUAGAUUACUGUCCACCAUAUUUGAGGACUCUUUGCUGGCUGAUUUUCUCAUAUUGUUCUUUACAGAAGCCCUUUUCUAUUCUGGUGCUGCCAUUUUUCUUUUAAUAAUUGAUCGUCUAUGGAGGCCAGUUGAGCCUGAUAUUGCUGCUGAUUCCUUGGCUCCUCAAUUGGGGCAACGAAUCUCUUCUGUUGCUACCCUAGUUCUUAGUCUUAUAAUUCCUAUGGUUACAAUGGGUUUGGUCUGGCCCUGGACUGGUCCUGCUGCAUCUGCUACUCUAGCUCCUUACCUAGUUGGUAUUGUUGUCCAGUUUGCAUUUGAGCAGUAUGCAAGAUAUCGCAAGUCACCCUCAUGGCCUUCCAUCCCAAUAAUCUUUCAAGUUUACAGAUUGCACCAACUGAACAGAGCAGCGCAGCUAGUGACAGCCCUGUCAUUCUCAGUCAGAGGUGCAGAAAUGACGUCACAUAACUUGGCAAUUAACAGCUCUUUGGGAACACUUCUGAAUGUUCUUCAGCUUCUUGGGAUCAUUUGUAUUUGGUCACUUUCAAGCUUCCUCAUGAGAUUUCUUCCUUCCACCUUAAGGACUACAUAGUGACGCAUGGAUUUCGUAUUACCCUUGACAAAAUCUUGAUUACAUGUUAUCAGUUGGUUUCAUUUCAGGUAAUUUAACAAGGUCUUCUUGAAACAAUUUUCGGUUUUGCUGUGUCAGGAAUUCCUAGACUAUUAAAAGGAUUGUUGCAGGAUUAUAAGGAUGCUGGGGAUAACAGAUGCAGUUACAGGGCCUAAUCUGACCCUACAAUCAGAAUGGUGUACACUACAGCAUGCGCUUGUUAACUUAUUCAGAACAUGCAUUGCAGUUUGUAUGUUGUUCUUUUUGUGUUAUAGAUGGUUCAUAUCUGGCAACAAUCCGAGUGUAGAUUGCCAGACUGCUGAGAUAUAGCAUCAUUGCCUGUAUAUCAUCUUAUCCUUGGUUUUAGUUAACAGUUUAAUGAAAUUCUUCUUCUACAUAAAUCCAACUUGCUGUUUCCUGGAUGGAAUUCGACAGACAUUGCUUUAU